GAGUAACCUGAGUUUGAAAUCGUUGAAGAUUUGAAGACACUUAGAUCUGUCAGAAUGGGCAAACCAAGCAAAGGAUCGGAAGUGACGACGAAAUCUGAUAAGAAAUUCGAUAAGAAGCUUCAAUUUUACACAAAGGUCAAAGAUACAGUUACUUCUUUGUCUGUUCAAAAGGAGAUUGGCAAGAAGAAGAAAAUCCGCAGCCGUCAAAAGAAGUUAAAGGCGUAUGAUCUCACCAACCUCUCGGAGUUUCUUCCUGAGUUUGCUGCUUUGCAGAAAUCAGCUCUUCCUGCACCCGAGUUGAAGAUGAACUGUAAAAGGCGACAAAAGCUCGUAUUGACGGAAGGGGAAAGAUUGAACAAGGUUCUAGACCAUCCAGCUUUUCAAGCUGAUCCAAUUGGUUCGAUAUUUCAGCAUUUGCAAAGUCAACAGCCACCGGAGGAAGAGAAGCCGAAGAAGAAGACUAAUACAAAUGGAAGCAAGAAAAGGAAUAAGAAAAAAGGAAAGGCUGAAUCCAUGGAUUUCUGAUCUUGUCCUAUAGAGAUAAGUUUACUUAUGUUUUGUUUUGUUGUUUUGUUAUAGUAGUAACAAAAAACAUGAUCUUGG